CUUUUUUUAUCCACCCGCCGUCGUCCUUCUGUCAAAAAGCCGUUUGCUCUUUAUUGAUGGGUGUCGUAUUUCUGUAAUUAAUUUCCAAAUUAAUCAACUUCAUUCACAUUUCGACAUCCUUCCCGUCAAUUGAAAAUGGUUUAGCCAGGGCCGUGUCAAAAUAAGCUCAAGUAUCUGACUGUUAGUGUAAACAAAUCCAAAAUGUCCGUUCCAAGCACUGGUUUGAGCAAGUUGAAAAAGAAACACAUUCGUGUGAAACAUCAAAAAGUCAAAUUGUUUCGUGCUAAUGAGCCCCUUCUCUCGGUGUUUAUGUGGGGCGUGAACCACACGAUAAAUGAAUUGAGCCACGUGUCGAUACCAGUCAUGCUGCUCCCGGAUGACUUCAGAGCUUACUCCAAGCUCAAAGUCGACAAUCAUUUGUUUAACAAGGAAAACAUGCCAUCUCAUUUCAAAGUGAAGGAAUACUGCCCUCUGGUAUUCAGGAACCUCCGGGAGAGGUUUGGUAUUGAUGACCUUGACUACAAAGAGUCACUCACGAGGUUUAGAAAGCCAGAUUCGUACCUCCGUCCGCGGCAGAGGAAGGUCAUGAAGCUAAGAAGAUCGGCCACAGCCCCAACAGCUGUAGGGGACUGUACGGAACCGAACCUGUUCCACGAUGCCACGGCUUUUAUGAAACGGGGCCUGACGAUUAAACGACUGAGGUCACAGCCCAUUCCGGACGACUCGUCCGGAAAAUCCGGAGCCAAGUUCUAUCAGAGCUACGACCGGCUGUUUAUCCUUAAAACCCUGACUUCGGAGGAGGUGGAGAGGAUGCACUCCUUUCUUAAACAUUACCAUCCGUACAUAGUGGAGCGGCAUGGCAAAACGCUCCUGCCACAAUACCUCGGCAUGUACCGGCUCACUGUUGACGGCAUAGAACACUACCUCGUCGCCACGAGGAACGUGUUCUCCAACCACCUCAACAUACACAGAAAAUAUGAUCUCAAAGGCUCAACAGUGGACCGCGAGGCGUCCGAGAAGGAAUUGGAAAAGGAACUGCCCACUCUCAAAGACAACGAUUUCAUAAAACAGGGCGUUCGUAUUGACAUAGGCGACGCAGCGAAGGAUAAGCUUCUUGAAACGCUCACGGCAGAUGUCGAGUUUCUAACAAAACUCCACCUGAUGGACUACUCCCUCCUCCUCGGCAUGCACGAGUGCGGUCGCGGUGAGGCCGAGGCGGAGGCCGCGCAGCAGGCCGAGCAGGACUCCGAGCCCGAGUCCGAGACGGACUCCGACACCGACAACAGGCACGGGGACAGAUGGGGCUUCACGACGCCGCCGGACAGCCCGCGCGGCGCCGGGCCGGGCGGAGUCGGGCGGCGAGCACUCUAUGCGGGGAUCAUCCCCGAGAUCGACAUCUACGCCAUCCCCAGCCAGGAAGGUGCACCUAAAAAGGAAAUAUACUUCGUUGCGCUCAUCGAUGUAUUGACGCAUUACGGAGUUAAGAAACAGGCGGCGAAAGCGGCGAAGACGGUAAAGUACGGUAGCAACGUGGACGGCAUAUCCACGUGCGACCCCGAGCAGUACGGCAAGCGGUUCAUAGAGUUCGUCGCCAAGGCCAUCGAGGGCAACUGAACAGGUUCAACAGCCUCCACUACUUUCAUAA